UAUAAAUAGAUGCAACAAAAUAUAAGUUGCUUUGUAAACUUAAUCUAAAAGUGAAUAAAAACGAGGGCUUAUUGUUAAUUAUUUUGUAGUCAAAACUCAUAAGCUCUAACUAGUAUUCAGGCCAAGUUAGUACUAAAACAAUAUAAGAUAAAUAAUAAAUAAUAAAAUGAAUUAAAAAAAAAAAAAGAAGGGAGGCCAAAUUUUGCUUCUAUAUAUACAUCAUACUACCUCUAGCUCUUCAGUCUUCAUCAUUUUUCCCUCGUUCAAAAGCUUUUACAAAAACUACUUACCACUAAGUUAAAUAAGCUAGGUUUACGUAUAAAAUAAAUCAAACGUAAGUUUAUCCAAUCUUCUAGGUUGUUCUAGAUGGCCAAAGGUAUUGAUCAACAGUCUCUUACAGAGUCCACAACUGACCAGAGGCUAGCCAUGGCCAAACAAUACUCUCAUGAGGGUGUUAUAGCUGGAGCAAAGGCAGCCGUUAUUGCUGGAGUAGUUACAGCCAUCCCAACCAUAGCAAGUGUUAGAAGGUUUCCAUGGGCAAGGGCAAAUCUCAACUACACUGCUCAAGCUCUUAUUAUUUCAACCGCGGCAGGAGCAGCAUACUUCAUAGUAGCUGACAAAGCAGUUUUGAAAUCAGCACGUCGCAACUCUAUCAAUAAUAAAGAUGCUGAGAUCCACAGUUUUGGAGCUUAAUUUUAAUCACAAAAAAUAAAUAUUAUGUCGAACAUGAUCAUUGUAACAUAAGAAUAAAAAUCAUUGCGAUUUCUUUUUUCUUUUUCUUUUUAAUUAGAUUAAUGUAUUACGUAUUAAAAAGUCAGUUUGAAAUUUUGAUCGUUGCAUGGUGAAGUCACGAUGAUAGUGAUCACUAUACCA